CGAAAGUGACGUGUUUUUGCGACGUGUCAGGAAGUCUCAUUAGCCAACAUGUCGGCUCAGCAGGGUGAUGUUGAUGAGCUGUUCGAUGUAAAAAAUGCAUAUUAUAUCGGCAGUUAUCAACAAUGUAUAAACGAGGCCCAGAAAGUAAAGCCGUCAUCACCUGAAAAGGAGGUUGAACGGGAUAUGUUUUUGUACAGAGCCUACAUCGCUCAGAGAAAGUAUGGUGUUGUUUUGGACGACAUCAAGGCCAACUCUCCAGCUGAGCUCCAAGCUGUAAGGAUGUUUGCAGAGUUUCUGUCCAAUGAAGGCAAAAGGGAUGCUAUUGUUGCUGAUUUGGACAAGAAGAUGGCGAAGAGCGUUGAUGCUGCCAACACCACCUUCCUCAUCAUGGCUGCGUCCAUCUACUACCACGAGAUGAACACGGAUGCCGCUCUCAGAACUCUGCACCAAGGAGAAAGUCUGGAGUGUAUGGCCAUGACCAUUCAGGUGCUUCUCAGUCUGGACCGUGUUGACCUGGCAAGAAAAGAACUGAAAAAGAUGCAGGAACAGGAUGAGGAUGCUACACUAACUCAGCUGGCAACUGCCUGGGUUAAUAUUGCUGUGGGUGGAGAGAAGCUGCAGGAUGCCUACUACAUUUUCCAGGAGAUGUCUGACAAGUACUCUUCUACACUGUUGCUGCUGAAUGGGCAGGCUGCUUGCUACAUGGCUCAGAACAAGUGGGAGGAGGCUGAAGGAGUGCUGCAGGAAGCUCUGGAUAAGGACAGCAGCCAUCCUGAGACGCUGAUCAACCUUAUAGUCCUGACGCAGCACCUGGGGAAAGCUCCUGAGGUCACCAAUCGGUAUCUCUCCCAGCUUAAGGAUGCACACAAAGCUCAUCCAUUCCUAAAAGAUUAUUUUGCAAAGGAGAAUGAGUUUGACAGGUUAGCAAUGCAGUAUGCCCCCACCGCUACUGCAUAGAUCUUCUGUUUCUACAAGACUCCCUGAACAGUGGACUUUGAGAAAGACCUUGAAGAUAACAACAGUUUCUCUGUCAUGUUUUUUUUUUUCUUCUUUAUAACCUUGUCUGUAUUUCAACCACGCUAGACAUUCUUAUAUCCCUGCAUCGAUCCCCAUCCUACACAUAUACUUUUCUUUACAGCAAUUCUGUUAUAUAAGCAUUCCUUUGAAAUGUUAAUAAAGGCUUGACGAAACUU